GCAGGCCCAAACGACCCUGAAAUUAUUCUGUGUAAAAAUGAUUAAUUAGGGCAAAAUUAAUUUGCAAUUCUUUAACUAAUUUAUGAACCAUUUUGAUCCCAUAUGCAUAGAUUGCUGAUGAAUUAGAACGAGUGAAUGAGAAAUUGAGAAUGGAGAAGAACAAGUACAGCAUCAUAGUCCCAACCUAUAACGAACGCCUCAACAUUGCCCUCCUUGUCUACCUCAUCUUCAAGCAUCUCCGGGACGUUGACUUUGAGAUAAUCAUCGUUGACGAUGGAAGCCCUGAUGGUACUCAGCAGGUUGUUGAGCAAUUGCAGCAACUCUAUGGUGAAGAUCGGAUUCUGUUGAGAGCUAGAGCUAAGAAGCUUGGAUUAGGAACGGCUUACAUUCAUGGUUUGAAACAUGCGUCUGGGAAUUUUGUUGUGAUCAUGGACGCGGAUUUAUCACACCAUCCAAAGUAUUUGCCAAGCUUCAUCAAGAAACAAUCGGAAACUGGUGCAAGUAUAGUUACUGGAACUCGUUAUGUCAAAGGUGGGGGUGUACAUGGGUGGAAUCUUAUGCGCAAAUUAACAAGUAGAGGAGCCAAUGUUCUGGCACAAACACUUCUAUGGCCUGGUGUAUCAGAUUUGACCGGAUCUUUUCGGCUUUACAGGAAAUCAGUGCUUGAAGAUAUCAUUAGUUCCUGUGUCAGCAAGGGUUACGUCUUUCAGAUGGAGAUGAUAGUUCGAGCUUCUAGAAAAGGCUACCAUAUCGAAGAGGUUCCAAUCAGCUUUGUUGAUAGGGUAUAUGGAAUUUCAAAGCUUGGAGGAUCUGAAAUUGUUGAAUAUCUGAAAGGCCUCGCCUAUCUUCUCGUUACAACAUGAGAUCCGUAAAUUACUACACAAAUAAUUUGUAAACCUCUUAAAGUUACUUUUUGAUUUGUAAGUUCUUAGUGAUUUAGAAGAGAUUUUACCGGGGCCACUAUCUAAACAAAUUUUAUAUUUUCUCUUUUGUUUAUGAGUAGUUUCUUGUAUCCUUACAUAUACUGCAACUCUCUCACGAUGUGGCGCGAGAGAGUUACCACAUAGGGCAGCCUCACUCAAGAAUUUCGCCAAAAGUAUACAUCACAUUUCCACAUUUAGCUAUACAUCACAUUUCCACAUUUAGCUA